ACUUCUCUUCUGCAGCUAACACAUUGGCCGGUCUCCGAAGCUGAAAAAACAAUGGAGAUCAAAGAAAUCGAAGACGCAAAAUCUAACCCAAAUUCCGGCGAAUCAUCGCCGGCUGCUCCGAAUUCGAAUUCGAAUCCGAAAGCGAAUGCGAAAACGGUGAGAACAAAAGUACCGGAGAUAGAGAUUAAUUUAUACAGGCAAGGGAAGGGACCGAUCGAUGUGUUCAAAUCGAGCUUAGGUGGGUGGGACCAGGACCAGUUGGAGGUACGAGAUAUACUUGACAAAUACGGGUUCAAAUCUGUCUACGCUUUUAAUCCGGAUGGUUCAAGUCGGGGCGCCCCGAUUAGGUUUAAUCCCAGGAAUGGCAGGUCUUUGCUUGGCUAUAGAGAUGGAUCCACUAUUCACAUUGACGGUGAACCCAAGGACCCGUUGAUCAAACCGGUGACCAAGAUCUUGUUUGGUGUGGCAAUUAUAACCCUUUUGAUAACAAUGUUGUUGAAAGAACCUCCACAGUGGUUCAAAAACUUGGACCUUUUCGGUGGUAGCUUUCCCCCGUGGAUUCUUGCUUGUGUGGUUAUUGUUUUUACUCGUAUGAGGAAGAGAACUAAGAAUUUCUUGAAGAAGUACGGCUGGUAAACACACUGCAUUACUUUUUUCUUGACUGUUAUGACAUUUUGUGUAAAUCAAAUGAGCAACUGAUGAGAAUAGAUGCUAAACAAUAUUAAUCAGGCAGCUCUGUCUGUUUGAUAUAGUUUGAGUUUAUUGAAGACUUUAUUGUACGUGAAGAGAACGAGCUUGAACUACACUUUGCCUUGCUAUAAAGUACUUACAUAUUUAUACAAGUUCCUUUUCUUUCGUAAA